CAAGAAAUCAGUAACACUACGUUUCGAGAUCUGCAAUCUGAUCUCUUCUUCAGGACAACAAAAAUGAAGCGUGGAACAACUAUUUUAGAACCAUGGUCUACAAAAGAAAAGUUAUGUCUUUCUUCUGCUGUUUUGAGAAGUGGGGAUCAGAAUUGGAUGUCGGUGAGUCGAGUACUGCGAGUGUUUGGUGAGCCCGAUCGCCCAUCAGAGUGGUACUCGCAGAAGCAGUGUGCUCAGCAGUAUGAGGCUUUGCUCACCAAUGUUGGCACUUCAAAGCGAAAGAAAAGGAGUGAAAAGGGUAUUGAAACAGUAGAUACCCCAAAUGAAAGCAUUGUCCGCAAACUAUUACAAGAAAGAGUUGAAGAACUAACCCGGCUCUUGGAGGAAGACAGGAGAGAAUAUAGGCGUAUCAAGAAAGAAAAAGAAGACAUAGAAAGUGGUAAAGCUGAUGACAGGUUGGAUGAAUUUGAACGAGAAAUUGAAGGAGAAAAGGAGAGAGAAGCAGCUAGAGGAUCAAUUCUGAGACAACAUGAAGAGAGAAGUAGACUGGAGGGUGGCAGGCUUACACCCCACAUGGACCCUCCAACACCAACUGAGAAUAACAUUGAGCUGCAGCAGCAGGCAGAAUCCAAGGUGCCGACUUCACCUCUGCUGACAAGUCUGCUCCAAAGUCCUAGUCACUACCGGGGUGCUGCCUCCAUACACAGUCUACUCAACCCUCCACCCCAACCCUCGCUCUCUCGGGUCACUGGUAAGUGGAGAUAACAUGUGAUAAUAACU